AUGAGUGUCUCUGUCAAAACAACAUCAAAGUCUCCAGAUCACACUAAAUUUGUUGGCAGCUUUAAAACCAAGCAGGACUUCAUAGACCUUAUCGAGGUGAUUUACAGAGGAGCCAUGAGGGGGAAAAUGAUAGUCCAGAGUCCAAUAGAUCCUCAGAAUAUUCCAAAAUAUGAUCUUCUCUACCAUGGGAUUUAGCAUCUUCAUGAGUGUCUCUGUCAAAACAACAUCAAAGUGACAUGUAUUUUUAUUGACUGAGAAAAUCGCCAAAUUCUCCUGGCAUUUAGCCACCUAGAAGUUGUGUGAAGAAGUUUUUAUAAAAGUGUUCCAGAUUUGAAACCUUAUUCUAAAAAUAAACGACAGUGUGUUCUUUUUUGCUUAUUUUAUUUAAGACUUUAUCUUUUUUUGCAACUGUAAUGUAACAUGAAUUUUGUAGGUAAGAACAUUAUUUUGUUUGUGGAUGACCUUAGAGUCAGAAAUUAUGUUUCCCAUGGAAAACUGCCACAUACCUACUGGAGAAACCGAUGUUUAUGUGAAAUGUCAAAACCUUAUUCAGAUAAUAAAACCUCCAAAAUCCUUUAUCUUCA